AUGGCGCCCUCCCCAUACCCCUACUCCCCCACAGCCAGCAUUGCACUCGAGCGCGCGAGCGAAACGCUCUCGGGCUUGGGGCGACAGCUUACCGAGCUGAAUGGCAGCGACGAGUUGAGAUGUUGUUGUUGCCGCGGCCACGAGUGUGCUGCCCGUUCACGCGCCGAUACCAAGCUCAAGCUCUGCGGCGAAAUCGGCACCGCGCUCCUUCAGCGCUGCGAGGCGCUCGCACUGAAACACUCGCGCGCCGAGCACCAGGUCGAGAUGAAGCGCAAGGCGCUGGCCGACUCGUUGCGGCACGUCGCCAACUUAGAACGCGCCAACACGACACAUCUCGCCAAGUAUGCCGAGCUGUCGCACACCUUUGAGGCGCUGGAAAAAAAAUACACCCAGGCGCAGCACUCACAGACCCUCACACAACAGUCUUUAACGCACGUCAGAAACGAGCUCACGAGGGCACGAGCGACCGCAAGCGUGCACACCGCGGCCGGCGCCGGCGCCGAGGAGCGCAUGGCGGAGAUGGAGCGGCGCUUCGAGGAUACGCGGGAUCUGCUUCAGGCCGAGUCCAGGCGGCUGCGUGACCAGAUAAAGUGGCGCAAGAUGGCCGAGGAGCGGAUCGCCGAUCUCGAGACCAAGCUCACCACGUCUGGGCGCGAAGUCGAGGAGAUCAAGACCGCACGCGCAAACGACGCACAAGAACUGCUGACCAACGCUAAGGAGCGCCUGGAAGCGUUGCACUCAGAGCUCUCAGAAACAUUCCACGCCGAGGCACCGUCAGAGCAGCCAGAGUACCAGCGCACCCUCGAGGACCUCGUGGCAACCAAUGCGCUGCUCAAGCAUGACACGUCGGAGCUAGCCGUCAACCUCGCGGAGAAGAUGGAGGAGAACCGCCAGCUGCGCGAGGAGCUCGAGGAGGUGCGGGCCCGCGCUUCUCCACAGGCGCAGCCCUUAAGCACUGAGCUGCGGCCCCUGCUCAUGUCUGGGGCCAAGUCGCACAUCCGUACGGGGUCUAAUCCCGUAGUUGGCAACGAGGGUACGCGGCCAAUGCACGCCAGGGUCGCGAGCGCCACCAUGCCGCGCACACACCGGAGGCAAGCGAGCCUCGCGCCGAGCUUUGCGUCGACGUCGACAACGGAACCACCCAGCGUGACGUCGUCCCCACCCCACGGCGGCACGGGCUCAAGUGGCACGCCGAUGACGCGCACCAGCUCAAACCCCAUUUCGCCCGAGCAGCGCCGCUCGUCGCGCAGCUCCUUCUCUGGCGGUCUGCCCUACACCCUGAACGGGGUGGUGAAGAGCAAGCGGCCGGCUUCGGCGAGAGCAGUGACGCACCCGAGCCGGCGAAGCGUGCAGAUCCAUGCGCUCGGUGACCUGGCAGAGGCGGGCACUGGCGACACCGACGCUGUGGAAACGAUAUUAGACACCAGUGCGGACCUCAGCACCGAGGUGUCCACAGAGGUCAGCAGCGCGACAGACGCGGACGACACGGACAGCCAGUCGGAGGCGAGCAGGCGGAAGCGUGCGAGCGUGCUCCUCCCUACGACGAUGACGUCGCCGAAGACGCACUACGACUCGUCACCCAUGAUGGACUCUGGCGCGUUCGAGUCCGCUGCCCACUACCCAUUCCCCGAUGUGAGGGCCGAGCGCCGCGGGCGGCGAACGCUCACGCUCCUCUCACGAUCGACCGGUGUGCAGACGGACCAGCUGCCGGACCAGCCGACACCGAUUCCGGAACCACAAGCAGCUGACCCCUCGCCGGCGUUCACGCCGGAGAUCGGCUCGGCGCAGCACUCCCGUAGGGAGUCGCGGGUCGUCUCGGGCGGCGCGUCCACGCCUGCGCACACGCUCGGCGAGCUCGUCGACUUCCUCAGCAAGGUGUUGGUCAAGCUGCACGGCGUGCACGUGCGCACCCUGAACGGACGGUUGAAGAAGCAAAACCUUCCCGGCGACGUGGGGCACGUCAGCCGAACCACGAUCGCGGCGCUUAGAACCGAGAUUAACGACAUGCGCCACCGCUUCCGUCACGUGCUUGACUCGACCUCCACGACGCGGCGCGACAUGACUCUCCUCCUCAAGCUCCUCAAAGAUGUGUUCGAUGACCUACUCGAGCUCCAGGGAGUCGUCAACGACGUAACUGUCAACCCGAAGCUCGCGAAGCAGCUACGCGCCAAAGCGUUCGCCGACGACGCGGGCCCACCACCCACACUGGGCGCGGGUUUGGGUUGGAUCGCGGCACCACUGACCAACUGGCUGACCCCGGCAACGCAGGCGGGUGCGUUGCAGCCGAGCCCCACGCGCGGGCGCGCGCCCAAACCCGCACCCAAACUGCAGGCGAGCACGAGCGCGACAACGACCACCGUGAGCGUCGAGUUUGGCGGCGCCGGCAGCAUGGUCCGCAGAGCGGCACCGGCCACACCGAAGAAGACAUGCGUGACUGCCAUGGUGGGGGCCGCGGACGUGUUUGGCGGACCCGAGGCCGGCCAGCGGAGCGUGUCCGCGGCUGUGAAGGGCUCGGAUCUGGCGCCGGUCAGUCCUCGGCGGCACGCGUCACUGGCCGCACCAGCACGAAGGUCCGACCUGAUGGGCAUCUUUGCCGGUGCGGGGCGCGACGUCUCCCCUUCCCGCGCGACCGGGCGGAUGAGGCAUGCAUCGUCGCAGUACUUUGGCCCGAAGGCUGUCGCGCCACGCGGGAACCGCCUCUCGACGGUUCUUGAUGCGGUGUUAGAUCCCGAUGACACGCCACAAGAGCCUGCAUACGCCCGCCUCCGUCCACGUGGGCUGAGCGACUCGUCCAUCCGCUCAGCUGUCAUUCUUCCCCCGGAUCCGCACGAGGCCGAGCCCGUGCCCAUCCCGUCCUUCGUCCCCCCACGGUAUAGUGUCGGAACUGUGGCCGCCCUCGCAGAAAGUCUGGGCAGCCAGUUUGGGAGCCUGGGUAGUUUCGGACGGCGGAUAUACGGCAGCGACGACAAGCCUGAGACUCUCAAGCGGGAACCUCAGCUCCAUGUUCCCAACACGGACAAGGAGCCGACCGAUACUCAGCUCCAUGUUCCCAACACGGACAAGGAGCCGACCGAUACGGACGCCGAAGCCGACGCCGAGGCCGAGGGUGAGAUCGAGACUCCCCGUCCGAGGAGAGUACGUCGCAAGAAGCGCAGCACGGAACAACUGGCGCGGCGGUCGUCUGAGCGAUUGGCCAAGUCUGCGGAGCGCCUGGCGCAAUCUUCUGCGGAACGGCUCGCUCCUCCAACUGUGGAAGGGGAAAACCUGGCACCACCAGGCGGCUCGCGUACACCCACAGCCUCCUCGCCGCUCCGGGCACCACGCACUCCGUCGCGGACGGCGCUGGCCCCGAGCCUCGCGAUUCCCGCCACGGUGGCGGGUGGUACGUCUCCAGUCGAGAGCGCGGGUGGCCUGCUCGAGAGACUGGCAGAGGACGGGCAUGGGCUGCGGAGCUUGAGUUUGAGAGGGAGUACUCGGACUGCGAAGCGGUGGCUCUAG